AUGUCACUCGACUUCGGCUUGGGCAAUGUUCAUGUGCUCGUCACUGGCGCAGCUGGAGGCAUCGGCUUCAAGACGGUGGAAACAUUUAUCCAGCUGGGAGCGCGUGUCACAGCGCACUACAAUUCCCGCAUCGGCGAGCUCGCCAAUCUGACUGGCGUGGUCUCCGUGCAGGCUGAUGUGCGACGUGAGGACGAUGUGGAUCGGCUGUUUGAAGAGGCUGCCGAGCGAAACGGCGGGCCUGUCUCGAUCAUAGUAGUGAAUCACGGCAUUUGGCCGGCAAACGAUGCACAUAUAGCAGAUAUGGAAUUGUCGCAGUGGCAGAAUACGCUCAGCGUCGACCUCACUGGACCGUUCCUGGUCUGUCGGGCCUAUCUGCGAGCGUUACGACAGAGUUCACCAGCAGUCAAGGACACUGCAUCCAUCAUCUUCAUUGGAAGUACAGCGGGGAAAUUUGGAGAAGCCAACCAUGGUGACUACGCUUCGGCAAAGGCAGCCAUGAUGUACGGUCUCACUCCCACGCUGAAGAACGAGAUUGUGACCAUUGCACCCAAAGGCCGCGUGAAUAGUGUGAAUCCGGGAUGGGUUGCCACACCAUUGGCAGCUGAGACGUUGAAGGAUACCAAGUUUGUCGAGAGAGCACUGGCGACUACUCCUUUACAAAAGGUCGGAAGGCCAGAGGACAUCGCUCGGCAGAUUGCCGUCGUCGCCUCACCAACGCUCAGUGGACAUGUCAAUGGAGUGAAUCUCCAAGUUGAUGGCGGAAUGGAAGGAAGGCUGCUUUUUCCGCCACAGACCUGA